UUUAUUAUAUUCCUCUUCCGGAAAUAAAGUCAUUGUUAUAUUUGAUGGUGAUCCAGAUUUCUGUGUUUUCAACCUCUAAUUAUGGAGAACAAUGGUUCAAAUUCUAACGCAGUUUCGGUGUGGAACUCUAAGUUAUCGAAAAUCUUGAUUCCAAACAAUAUAGUACUAUCCUUAUACAUAUUUUUGGGAAUUAUUGGUAAUACCACUGUUAUAAUUGUUUAUAGAUUCCGAAUGCGAAAAAAGUCGGAGGACAGAUAUUUUAUUCCGAUAUUGGCUGUUUCAGAUUUAGCGGGAGCUACAGUUUGUGGUUCGUUCGGAAUUGCGCUGAAUAUGAUGCAGUCAGAAUUUUACAACAAACAUUUAUGCAAGGCCUGGUGGUUUUUUGCAGCUUUUACGACAUAUAUGUCUAUUUUAUUGUUACUGAUUAUCGCAACUCAAAGGUAUCUUAAACUAUGCAGACCUCAAGGACAUCAAAUGAAACAAUUUCAUAAACGUUUAGCAGUCGGACUGUCUUUAGGCCUCGCCAGUUUAUUAGCACUACCGACAACCGCGCUGUAUGGAUCCGUUGAUUUCCCGAAUGCGGACGGGAGUGUAGUAGGUGCACGUUGUAGCAAAUUAAAGGAAGUUAACAAAACUUUGUCGCUUCUGUAUGGAGUUAUCAUUAUAAUAAUUCUCUUGACUUCUAUGACAAUUAUGAUUUUUUUCUACAGUAGAAUUGGACAUAAGGUAUACAUUCAUUUCAAAUACAAGAAAAGCUCACACUCAUCUGGUAAAGAACAAAUAAGUUCAAAUAUUGACACAGAAAUGCAAACUAUCACUUCUGUUAUUGUCAGUGACGAACACGUGACAGAAAACAAGGAAUCAAAACCAGAAAUAGAAAAAUAUGAACCGGAAGGAAUAACACCAAAAACUAAGUCAAAGGUCAAACAUUCAACAGGAAGUCCUGAUAUAAAUAGAAGGCUUGUACAUAAAUUUACAAUUAUGUUCAUGAUGAUUACGAUAGUAUUUCUGAUCUGUUAUAUUCCUAAAGUAAUCCUGAUAGUAGUUGAAGGUCUUGAUCCAUAUUUCUGGCAGAACUUCUCCGACAAUGAACGAACCGGAAUUCUAUUUAUUUAUAGAAUGUAUAUCAUAAACAACGUUGUCAAUCCGUUUAUUUAUGCUUUUAUGGAUUUGGAUUUCCGAAAAGAGACAAAAAAGUUGUUUAGGUACAAUGAUGUAGCCUCAUGUCUAAAAUAGACAAAACCGUUGUUCACAUGUCAUGUCUGAAGAAGUCAAAACGUUAUUUAACAUGCCAUAAACGUUGUUCUUAUGUCAUGUCUCAGUGAAGUAGACAAAACGUUGUUUACAUGUCAUAUCUAAGUAGACAAAACGUUGUUUACAUGUCAUGUCUGAAGUAGACAAAACGUUGUUUACAUGUCAUGUCUAAGUAGACAAAACGUUGUUUACAUGUCAUAUCUAAGUAGACAAAACGUUGUUUACAUGUCAUGUCUGAAGUAGACAAAACGUUGUUUACAUGUCAUGUAUAAGUAGACAAAACGUUGUUUACAUGUCAUGUCUGAAGUAGACAAAACGUUGUUUACAUGUCAUGUCUAAGUAGACAAAACCGUUGUUUACAUUUCAUGUCUGAAGUAGACAAGAACGUUUUUACAUGUUAUGUUUGGUGAAGAAUAACCGUUGUUUACAGUUCAUGCUUGAAGCAGACAAAACCGUUAAUUACAUGUCAUAUUGUUAAUAUACGUCUAAAGUAGAAAAACCGUUGUCUUCAUGUAAUGUCUAAAGUAAACAAAAACGUUGUUUACAUGUUAUGUCUGAAGUAGCCAACAAUGUUGUCUGUACAUGUUAUGUCUGAAGUAGACAACAAUGUUGUCUGUACAUGUUAUGUCUGAAGUAGCCAAUAAUGUUGUCUGUACAUGUUAUGUCUGAAGUAGCCAACAAUGUUGUCUGUACAUGCUUUGUCUGAAGUAGACAACAAUGUUGUCUGUACAUGUUAUGUCUGAAAUAGACAUCAAUGUUGUCUGUACAUGUUAUGUCUGAAGUAGCCAACAAUGUUGUCUGUACAUGCUUUGUCUGAAGUAGACAACAAUGUUGUCUGUACAUGUUAUGUCUGAAGUAGACAACAAUGUUGUCUGUACAUGCUUUGUCUGAAGUAGCCAACAAUGUUGUCUGUACAUGCUAUGUCUGAAGUAGCCAACAAUGUUGUCUGUACAUGUUAUGUCUGAAGUAGCCAACAAUGUUGUCUGUACAUGUUAUGUCUGAAGUAGCCAACAAUUCUGUCUAUACAUGUUAUGUCUGAAGUAGCCAUCAAUGUUGUCUGUACAUGCAAUGUCUGAAGUAGACAACAAUGUUGUCUGUACAUAUUAUGUCUGAAGUAGCCAACAAUGUUGUCUGUACAUGUUAUGCCUAUAAUAGACGUUUACGUGCAAUGCCUGAAGUAGACAAAAACGCUAUGUAAAUGCAGUACUAUAGCCUCAUAGUAGAAGUAACUAAUGCUAAUGACAUAGGGUCUAUUGUGUAUCGAUCUUAUAUGCUUUGAUGCCAUUAUAGAACUUCACAUAGUACGAAAGCUUUUAGAACCCUUUGGUCGUUUUCAUUUCAACUUUUAAUGCCUUUUUGGCUACCUCCUCAUGUUAUUGGACAUUUUGAUUACAUGCUAUUUAUUGUUCUCUACACCUUCGUGAAAAUUGAUUUAUGCAGUAAACUGAAUUCAUACAAAGGGAAGUAAUCCAAACAAAUUCAGUUCAACUCAAUAAAGUCAAUAAAAAUUGUUUAUGAUGAAAUCCUUUUCAAAUUUUUGUGAUAAUGUCAUAUAUAAUUCAUCAUCCUUUCAAAACAUAGGCGGAAUACACAAUGUAUCCUAUUCCACAAUAUCAAAUAACUGACUUAAUUAACGCUUCUAACAUGACAAUAAUGUGUUAAUUUUACAUAAACUUAACAAGUCAAUCUAUGAAAGCGUUCAUAUUAUGUAAAGCUACAACUUUUUCACAUAGACGUGAAUAAUUCCUGCCAACUUUUGGAAUAUCAAAACUUAUCAACUUAUCAUACUUUGAUUUCAUUAUAAUUUAGCAUAGUACUAAAUACUAAAAACAUAAAAGGUCUUUUGUAUGUAUUUUUUCUAUUAUGUUGUACCAUGGUUUAUAUCUGACGUUACAUUAACAUGUAAAUAAGCAACACACAUCGUUCAUAGGCUAGCUGUUACAUGAACAGCUAUUCCAUAAAAAAAUAAACAUUAGUUGUCUACUUGUGUCAAAGGUUUUUUUUUUUGUUGAUGCCUUUUUCUUAUACAGAGACAAAAACUUAGUUGAACUAUGCUGGUAUAAAAUUAAAAAAAAUACAAAGACGGAUGCGGGCUUUGCUGCAUGUCAGUAACUGCUAGUAGUCCUUUGUUCAUGUAUGUAUCAUUGUCAUUUUGCUUAGUUUCUUUUGUUAUCUAUUCUGACAUCGGACUCUGGCUUCUUUUAAACUGAGCUUUACUGUGCGUAUUGCUAUGUGUUUCUUUAUUCUACAUUGGCUAGAGGUGAGAUCUCACAAAACAUGUUUAACCCCGCCGCAUUUUUGCGCCUGUCCCAAGUCAGGAGCCUCUGGCCUUUGUUAGUCUAGUAUGUUUUUUUAAUUUUAGUUCAUUUAUAUGUUUUGGAGUUUAGUGUGACGUCCAUUUUCACUGAACUAGCACACAAUUUUAUUUAGGGGCCAGCUGAGGACCACCUCCGGGUGCGGGAUUAUCUCGCUGCAUUGAAGACCCAUUGGUGGUCUUCGGCUGUUGUCUGCUCUUUGGUCGGGUUGUUGUCUCUUUGACAUAUUCCCCAUUUCCAUUCUCAAUUUUAUUUUGAUUAGAUUACUUGGAGUGAGGAAAUUGAUUCCAACCUUUGGUAAAAUCUGUUUAUCCAUUCAUAUAUAUCAUUUUAGGAUUAAUGUGUUUUAGUUAACUGGUAAUAAAGAUCUGGGUUUCUUUACUUUUUUGUGGAAAAUCUGCUACAAUAAUCCUUUUUUCCAUCAUUUUCAAUAUAGUGUAUGCAACCUUUUAGUAAUACAAUGCUUUCAAGCUCCAUGCUGUUAUGAACAUGUGCUGACAAGAGAUAUAGCCUACGACCAGUGAUAAUCUUUUGCACAUAAAACAGUUGUCACCAAGGUUUGUUGUAAAAUAUAAUGUAUAAUAAUGUUAUCUGAUGUAUUGAUAUAAUGUCUACUGAUAAUAAAUCUUCGUCCUGUGUAAAUACGUUAAGAUCUUGUGUUAGGUUUAUUUCAUUUCUGUAUUUAAAGUGUUCUUAUGUUUUAUAUCUACUUGAUUUUUCAGACGUUUUGUUACAACCUCUAGACUGUUUUCGUCGGGAAAAUAGAGCAACGUUUUAAAAUAUAAGAAACCACCUAAGUAAUAAAUACACAAGAACCCGAAAUAAAAUACCAUGCAAAGUGUACAGAUGUACUUUUAUAACGGGUUGUAUGGGUUUAUUGUUCAAAGUACAUUUUUUUGUAACUGUACUUUUAUGCACCUUAACCAUAAUUUGUAUGGUCAAGUUACAGUAAAUGAGUCCUAGCAAAGAUUUAAUCUUUUUAAAGAUUUUGCACACAACUUUAGCACGCUAUACUUGAACUAAGAAUAGAAAAACAUUUUUCUUUUAUUUUCUGAAAUAUACAUGUUAUUCAAUAUAUAUUCAGUAUGUUUGCGUGUGUGUUUUUUUUCAAUACCAUACCCUGUAAUUCAGUGGUUGUCUAACAUUUGUUUGCUGUCUAUCAUAAUAUUUGUUUUUCGUGUAUUGUUUUGUACAUAAAUGGUUUUCUCGUU